AUCUCCGCUUUGAAGGAACUGGUUGCCACUGGAAGUUAGACAAUGGCUUCCGAGGUGGAUAUGCACAGAAGAUAGAGGAAUGGUUGAAAAAUGAGUUCCCAACUACUGAUUUGAAGGCAACGCCACACAUUCAAUCCAAGAUUACUAGCUGGAAAAGGAACUACUACUCGCUGUCAAAAAUACUUGACCGUAGUGGGGUUGGUUUCAACGUACACAAUGAUUUCAAAAUUGAUUGCUCGGAUGACCAAUGGGAUCAAAUCGUGAGGCAAGAUCCCAAUGCCCGCACCAUGCGGCACAAAGCUAGGCCUCUCUGGGAUGAUUGGAAGAUGAUAUUUGGGAACGAUAGAGCCACUGGAAUGACUGCUGAGGGUAUUGGCGAGGCAGUGGCAAACAAUUCCACGGAUGAGCCAUUUACAUCUAUCGGGGAAAGUGCCGAUUACUAUCCAAGCUUUGAAGACUUUCUAGGGUCUGAUCAAGUCCAACCCACAUACACAAAUGAAGUUGUAGAUGACAACAACGCUCAGAGUGGGCAGAAUCUGGCUGCAAACACUCAUGCGCCUCCUGCUCCUGCUCCAAAAAAAAUGACGCGUAAACGCAAGAGCUGCGAUGAUGAUUCUGCUUUGCUCAACCUCCUUGGCAACCUGCAUGCUGAAACGAAAUGCACGUUUGGAUAAAUUGACCGCCCAUAUUGGUUAUGAGAUCGACUUGGGCCAAGCUAGGAAAGAGAUCUUCUGUCAUUUGGGAAACAUCCCGGACCUGACAGAGUCUCAGCGCUGCGAUCUCUGCGACAUCAUCGGUAAGGAGAACUCGAGGCUGGAGAUCUUCACCGGCCUCUCUGACGCCUCGAAGCCGGGAUAUGUGAGGCGCAUCAUUGAGAAAGAAGGUCUUACUUAGGAGUCGCUUCAUGCAAUGGGUGGAACGUACAUUUGCCGGUUGAUUUGGGUAAUCAAAAACUAUGGUCUUUUGGACUUAAUUAAGCUAGUUUAUAUAUAGAUUCUACUGUGAAGACAUUUCUAUUAUGUAACUUCAGCUGGUGGUUUUUGUCGUUGCUUUUUUUGUAGCUGACCUUUUUUGGCAUUUCAGAAACUAUUUCAUAUUAUCUACUAUGAA